AUGGCUGAGAAGGAAGGAGGAAUAGUGAAGACAGGUCAUGAAGAAGGAUUAAAAAUGGCAACAUCCAUACUCGAAGAAUAUGGACUUCCUCUUGGUUUACUUCCACUUGAGAAUGUAAUUGAAGUUGGUUUUGCUAAAACUACUGGUUAUAUGUGGAUUAAACAAGAGAAAAAAGUUGAGCAUAAUUUUAAGAUGAUUAGUAAGCUUGUGAGUUAUGAUGUUGAUAUUCAUGGUAUUGUUGAUAAGAAAAGGAUCAAGAAACUUAAAGGCGUAAAAGCAAAGGAGUUUAUGUUAUGGCCACCUGUUAAUGAAAUCACCGUGGAUGAUCCACCUACCGGGAAAAUUCAUUUCAAGAGUCUUGCUGGUGUUACCAAGACAUUCCCCGUCGAAGCAUUCAAUGCUGGCCAGUAA